UACUGUAAACUUGGUUAUUUACGUUUAUGCUUUUUUGGCGUUUUCUCAGCUAGCCCGCUAGCUAGAGUCAUUUAGAAGCUACAUUCAGCCUAAGGCUUGUUUUUGCUCACAGAUUCACUUCUGGGUAUUGUGCAAACGCCCCUGAACACCACUGUUGCCGCCCACUAAACUUUAGCUCAGUUCUUUAGCUGAAUGGGAGAUAUCAGCAGCCAAUUACGGAGUUUCUUUUUGAAUGGUAGGUGGUAAUUUAAUUACUUAGUAACUAAAGAACCAACACUUUUAACCUGAAGCUACUGAGGACUGAGAUAUCUGCUCUUCUUGUUUGUAAGGACUUUGAACACACACAACUCUAAUUUACAGAGCUCCAACAGCAAGAGCAGAGCAAAGAAAGGUUUUAUAGUUCAUUUUUGAUUAUUUUUCUUUUUCACUGGAGAUACAUGAAAAAGGAAGGAAGAAGAAUGGGGAAAGCAGCUGUGUUGGUAUUAUUCUUCCUCCUGAGCAUGGCGUUAGAGAGUAGAGGUGCUGCAGAGAAAGUGCAGGACUCUGCAGAGAUUCCCAGGAUUGUUAAGACAAAGGACGUUAAAGAAACUGACACCAUUCCUACCAAAAACAGCUCUUCUUCAGAAUUUUUAGGUAACCUGCUGGUGGUGCCCAUGGAUGGGAGUCACUGGGUGGGCAUAAAAGCCAUCGCACAAGAAAUGGGUCGGCGUGGACACAGGGUCACUGUGGUAAUUCCAGAGGUGAACAUACGGAUGGGUCCAGGAGAAUACUAUGAGACCAUCACCUAUCCUGUUCCCUAUGACAAGGAUGAAAUUGAUUUUGUGAUGUCUUCACUCAAGGAGAUCAUGGAAAAGUCUGCACAGCCUUUCAUUCAGAAAAUAAAGAAACGAUUCGCUCAGAUCCAGAAAGUUACAGGUUUUUUUCACACCACGGCAGCGAGUCUACUGUUCAACACUAGCCUCAUUUCUCAUCUGGCAAAGCAGAACUUUGAUGCAGUCCUGACAGACCCAGUGGUCCCAACGGGGUCAUUGGUUGCUCGGAAAUUAGGUAUCCCCACCAUUAACUUACUGAGGGGGAUCCCUUGUUCUCUGGAUAUGAAGGCUGCAGGCUGUCCCUCCCCUCCAUCCUUUGUGCCUCGAUUUUUUACUCGAUACACAGACAGAAUGAACUUCAAGGAGCGAGUCAUCAACACCUUGGUGGCUUCACUGGAGCCAUUACUCUGUCGGCUGCUGUACUGGCAAUUUGACCAAAUGGCCUACGAGUUCCUGGAAGAGAAGGUGGGAGUGGCAGAGAUUUUUUCAGAAGCUGAUAUCUGGCUGCUCAGGAUUGACUUCACGCUGGAGUUUCCCCGUCCCCUCAUGCCAAACAUGGUUCUGGUUGGUGGGAUCAAUUGCAAAGUGAGGAAUCCUCUUCCUGAAGAUUUGGCAUCGUGGCUAUCAGGAGAGCAUGGAUUUGUAGUGUUUACUCUGGGCUCCAUGAUUUCAGACCUGCCAGAAGACAUCGCUGCUACCUUCCUAGAUGCCUUCAGGCAGAUUCCACAGAAGGUGAUAUGGAGGUACACUGGCAAACUUCCCAGCAGGAUUCCAGACAAUGUGAAGAUGAUGAAAUGGGUGCCUCAGAAUGACCUGUUAGCUCAUCCUGGAGCUCGAGCUUUCAUCACUCACGCUGGCUCACAUGGGAUUUUUGAGGGUUUGUGUCAUGCUGUACCCAUGCUGAUGGUACCACUGAAUGCAGAGCAGCCUGACAAUGCACAGAAGAUAGCAAGCAGAGGAGCAGGACUCGUGCUGGAUAUAACCUCCAUCACCUCAGAAAGCCUUCUGCAGGGGCUGAAUGAGCUCAUCAAUAACACCAGGUACAAAGAGAACAUCAAGAAGCUUUCAGCUCUUCAUAACGACCGCCCAAUUGACCCUCUGGAUCUUUCAGUGUUCUGGACAGAAUUUGUGAUGCAACAUAAAGGAGCAAAGCACCUCAGACCAGCUCUCCAUGACCUUUACUGGUUCCAGUACUACUGCCUGGAUGUUAUAGCACUAUUAGUUACUGUGUUGCUGGUUUUUGUAACACUAACAUUUAAGUGUCUAAAACUAUGCCUCCAGAAACUGAGCAGGAAGAGGAAGCAAGACUAGGAGGAUCUGUAAAUUCUCCCUUUCCAUCCUCAACAGUCUGUAAAGGGAAGUUUUAAAAGCAUUCUGAUGCUUAAACACCAUUAAGAAUAAAACAAAUCUGAGGUGA